AAUGCGUCAGUUGAGCUCCAGCUCUCGGCGGGUGGACGUCCACGUCAGGCGGAAACGUUUUUAGCUGCCGUUAGUGUCGCGUACCGAGCGUUUUAUGACACGAAAUUCAAAGCCGAGGCUAUAUUGUUCAAAAGAGGAGUACUUUACAGUGUCCGCGGGCCGCUGACGCCAAGGGAAUAAAGGAUUUACUUGGCUCUAUCCUUCCUGUUCAGCCUUUUGUUUUGCGGUAGCAGGCUAGCGAGCAGCGCCCCCUGCGGCCGCGUCGGGAGCAGCACCACCAUAGGGAGCCAGGGCAGAGUCUCUCGCCUCCGUCCGCGCGACGUGGGUCCUCCACGCUUAGCUGUCCGAUGCGGAGUGAGGAUGAGUCCCGCUCUGGAAGCCCUCAUGCAGGCGGACGGGACUCCCUAUUCCGGCAAAGGGGUGAUGCUGGAGCCUUUCGUGCACCAGGUGGGGGGCCACUCCUGCGUCCUGCGCUUCGGCGAGCAGACCAUCUGCAAGCCCCUCAUUCCCCGGGAGCACCAGUUCUACAAGAGCCUCCCCGCGGAAAUGAGGAAGUUCACCCCUCAGUAUAAAGGCGUCGUGUCCGUCAGUUUCGAAGAAGACGAGGGAGGGAACCUGUGCCUUGUCGCUUACCCUCUCCACAGUGAAUCGGGCGACCUGGAAAAUAAGGACCCCUCCACCGACUGUGAGCCUAGGAGCAAGAUGCUGAAGUGGAGCAACAAAAAGCAGUCCCCUCUGCACCUGGAGAACGACAAUUACAGCAAAGAUCGGGCUCGACAGAUCCGCAAAGACGACAAAAAAAUGAGUUACCGGGACGACGUGCAGGUGCAGCAGCAGGCGGAGGUUCUGUACUUAAGCCUGGAGAAGGGAAACAUGGUGCAGCAGAUCAAACACAACCCCUGGAGCCUCAAAUGUCACCAGCAGCACUUGCAGAGGAUGAAGGAGAACGCAAAGCACCGGAACCAAUACAAGUUCAUCCUCCUGGAGAACCUAACAUGGCGCUACACAGUACCGUGUGUCUUGGACUUGAAGAUGGGGACCCGCCAGCACGGCGAUGACGCGUCGGAGGAGAAGAAGGCCAAUCAGAUCCGCAAGUGUCAGCAAAGCACGUCGUCCUCCAUCGGAGUGCGGAUAUGUGGCAUGCAGGUCUACCAGUCAGAUUCCGGCCAGCUCAUGUUCAUGAAUAAAUACCACGGCCGCAAGUUGAACCUCACCGGCUUCAAGGAGGCCCUCUACCAGUUUUUCCACGACGGGCGUCGUCUGCGCCGCGAGCUGCUGUGCCCGGUGCUGCGACGUCUGCGGGAAAUGCAAGCCGCCCUGGAGGCCUGCGAGUCCUACCGGUUCUACUCCAGCUCCCUGCUCAUUAUCUACGACGGAGAUCUUCCCAGAACCCCCUCACGACCCAGACACCGCGGCGGAGAGGAGGGCGAUGAGGACGAGCUGUCGGACGAAGAAGAGGAGGAGGAGGAGGAGGAAGGGGCCUUUGGAUUCCCGCGCUCGUCCUCCGCCGGCUGCAGCUCUGGGGGGCCCGGAGGCAGCGGCAGCAGCCGCUCCGCCCACAGCACAGCGGAGGCCAGCAGCCCGGCAGUGGACGUGCGCAUGAUUGACUUUGCGCACACGACUUGCCGCCACUACGGCGAGGACAGCGUUGUGCACGAGGGCCAGGACAGCGGGUUCAUCUUUGGACUGCAGAACCUGAUCACCAUCAUCUCCCAGCUGGAGGAUCACAGCACUGACUGAGGCAGCACCCGAGAGCCCGCACGGUCUCCGUUUCAAGCACGGGCAGAGGAGCUCCAUGAGCCCACGCGCCCCCCGCUUCUGUGAGGCGUACCCCCGUCCCGCCCGCAUGGAGGUCUGACCCCCGCUUGGAGGGCACCUCCAUGACCUCAGGGUCCCGGGGAGGAGAAUGCGCUCUCCCUUGCCUGCUAGAGGACAGGCCCUCGGUCGCGCCUUCACUUCUUUCUGAGACUCCUCCUUUUCUUUAGUGCACACGCGAGGAGGAGAGUCUCUGGACAGACACGUAGACCUCUGUAGCAUCCGGGGACGCCAAACACAGGUUUCUUUAUUGUACAUUCUCUCUGAGAGAGAACGCGUGAGGUAGAGAUCAUUGAAAUUCAACUGUCUGGACAUGGUGCUUGACCUGUGGCGUUGUUUAUUUGGUGUUUUUUGGGGGCGCCGCCUGUCCCCAAACGGUAUAGCACAUUAGUACCGGGGCGAGGGGCGCUGUAAGGGCUGACCUCGGCUGGCUUGGUCAGCAGCCUUGUAGCAAUUUGUGUUUAUAUUGUAAUGUGCUCUCUGUGUCCAAGGUGCCACUUGGAAGAACUCUUUAACGGAGAACAAACAACGUUGUUUAAAGACCCAAGAAGGGAUUUGCCUUCCCCAAACAGUUCCUGUCUACUUUGUUGCCUGUAAACAAAAUGGCAGACUUGCAAGAAGACUUUGUUUUAUCACUAAUGUGAUUUUUGUUAGAUGUUUUAUUCAUUCCUUGUAAAGGUGGAUGUCGAAGAGAAUUUACCGAUUAAAAUCAUUUGCUACAAA